AUGGGCAAUCUCCAAUCCACUUCGACUAAGAACGACAAUCGCCGUUCUAACCGCCUCCCUAAACCUUUGACCAAGAAGUUCAAUUUAGCUUCCCAGCAUCCUUCACGAUCCGAAUAUGAAACUCCAGAGUUAACCUCCGGGUUGAUUGGAUGGCAGAAUCCAUGGGUGGGCUCAACUAUCUCCGAGAUGAAGAGCGUUCCCCAUUCAAAAGCGAGCCAUAUCCCUCCGACACUGGUGGAAGCAGAACCAACGACACGGACAUCAGUUUGGCCUUGUGGUUCCUUACUACCGCGCUCCAGCUCUCUAUCAUCUGCCUCGCCUGGGAAACGAGCUAGCCUAACAGUGAUAUCGCCAACUUUCUCCUCUUCAACUGCCCCAGAACGGCCCAGGCGGGCGAAUUCGGUCCAAGUCAGUCUCCAGCGACAAUCCAGUGUUCUAUAUGACAACGGAAUGGAAGAUGCAACUUCCUCCAAUACGCAUUUCUUGGUGGGAAAUCAACGUUUCUCAUUAACCCGUCGGAGGUCUUUACUGACACGCCCUGGAGUGGCAACUCGACGGACCACGGGUGCGAUUAGACGCAUGCCAUCACCUAUUGGGGAACCCGAGAUGGAUGAUUCAGAAUCCACUCUGCUGAACUGGCGCCUACCACCGCAGCAAAGGCCCCCACUGGGGUCAGCACCUCCGGCACGGCCCACCAGUCCCGCAGAUGCUCGAUACACUCAACUUGGGGCACUGAAGCUUGGCUCUCUGCGAGUGGUCAAUGGCUCUGCCUCCCCAUGCCCGAGCGAACGUGUUCCCCUCAAGCGAUCUAUGGUUGGCCCGGGCCUUGGCCUGGAAGCUAUUCAAACAAGUCCAGCAAUACUGGAGCCUUGCUCGGUAUCUGACAUGAAGAAGUCGGAUGAUACCCCAGGGAGCCCAUUUUCCUUCGUGAAGUCACCUACAAUCACCGUCCCUCCGCGAGAGGAAACCAUGCCAAGGGAGUUGGAAGAUGAAGGUAUUGCCAUGUGUGAUGAAAGCCAGCUUGAGAAGUUUCCUACCCAAGUUGAAUUGGAUCGAAGCACCUCUCGAUCACUCAACAAGUCCGAUAGUGGUUACAGUUCCGCGACUUCACUUCGUUCGAAUCCAGGGAGUCGAACCAGGACGUCCUUUGACUCUCAAACGUCGGUGUCCUACACUGCAGAUGAAAAGAUCCAGCUUCAAACCAGACUUGGGAAUUACUCUCGGCCCCAUCCUACUUCAAAUCGCUGGUAUGAUAACAAUGGUGCGAGUGCGCAAUUACGACCUGGGCCGAAGACUCGCCGAUCUACACUAUGUGCUCCUCGGUCCACAGAAUAUCCCACCCAAAAGGACCUUGUGAUGGAGACGAUCAAGUCCACAUUUCCCGUUGCUUCCCAAGAAGAUUCCAGCAAAAUGCAUUUCCACGCGGAUCGUUAUUCCGUUACCACCCUCGGGACCUCAUAUAGCUCACGAUCAUCGGCUACACCAGAGCCAACAAACGGCUCUCAACAGAGGCUUAGUGCAGAAGUUCAGUCUCACAUACGUCGAUCUGCUUCCGAACAGCAACUCAGUGGAAACAAGAAAUGCGACUUACACUCUCGAUCCCGAAGCCGACGAAGUGGUCGAGUGUGGAGCCAAAGACCUGGUAUUGGAGUACCACCUCUGCCGACAAUCUUGUCUCCGGAUCAGGUUCAAGAUGAAGACGAACGUGACAAAGAAUUUCCUCUUGCUGAGCCCCGAGGCCGGCCCCGCAGCCGUAGCCAGGGCCACCGCCCUCGCAAGCUUACAAAAGCGCGUCCACAGCACAUUGUUCAUAUGACGACUUCUCCAUUUUUCCUUGCCUAA